CACCAAAAGACACGCAGAGCUUAACAAAGCUUAGCUUCAGCAUCGGAUAUGGAAAUUUGUAAUGCAACGACGGAGCGUGAGGCCGCAUUCUUAUCACAAGACCUGUUUGACAAAGCCAUGAGAGGCCAAUGGACGGAAGUCGUGGAGAUUUACAAGGGACACGAGAAAAGCCGAGUAGCGGCGCUGACGGCGUCUAGGGAUACGGCAUUGCAUUUAGCAGUGUCGGGUGGGAGAGCUAAGGAGGUGGAGCAGAUGGUGGGAAGCCUGGGCGAAAAGGUUUCGGAGAUUUUGCGGCUGAAAAACGACAAAGGGAAUACAGCGCUACACACGGCAGCAGAGUUGGGAGAUGCGUACAUGUGCAAACGCAUAGCUUCGAAGGUUCCUGAUCUGAUUACUAACUGCAACGAACAGAAUGCGACACCUCUUUUCUUGGCAGCCCUUUUCGGCCACCAAGAAGCGUUUCUUUGCCUCCAUUUUCUUUGCGAAGGAAACCCCUUGGACGCAGGGAGUAGGAAGCCUAAUGGGGACACAUUUCUUCAUGUCGCACUUCAAGGGGAAUUCUUUGGUUUGGCAUUUCAAAUCGUUCGCAUAUAUCCAGAGCUUGCCAAGGAUAGGAACGAAGAUGGAUUUACUCCCCUCCAUAUUUUAGCCACCAAGCCUAACGCAUUUAAAAGUAGUUGUCGGCUUGGACUGUUUGAUCGGAUUAUCUAUUGGUGCAUAACAGUGAAAGAAGUAAAGGAGAUAAAAAACGACCCCGAGGCCUACUUGAAAAGGUUUGAUGGAAGCAAAGAGCCUUGGUAUCCUGAAAAUUAUGGAACCUGUGCUCAUUUCUUUCACAUGCUAUUUGGUGUUGUCUUUUAUGGAUUGCCUUCAUUGCAAAACAUUAGGUCUACGAAAGUGAGUGGCUUCCAAGCUGAUGAAGAGAAGGGUAGAAACAACAAUCAUGAAGAUAAAGGUGAAUCAAAAGACAAGGAAGAGGAAAAAUACAAUCUCAAGCAACGCUAUGUUCCACCCAAUUAUGCCUCGAUUAUCCUAUCUCUUAAGUUUUUCCUGAAUUUGCUGCUAAUAGUUUUGGGACAUGGGUUUCACAGAAUAAAGAAAAUCAUAAUAAAGAAAGAGAGACACACAGUUGCACUGCAAGUCAUGAAUGAAUUAGUGAAGACAGCUUCUCCAUACAAAUUUAGUGAAAGAGAGACUACUGACAUUCAUUUUGACCCUCGCAUUACGGGGGAGGCUCAAGGUGUGGAGGCUGAGACAGAUAAGAAGACAGGUUGCUCCAACAAGGAAGGGACAGUCACAGUGGCACCAAUGGAGAGCUUUCUUAAAGAAUACAGGAUAAUAGGGUCGGUGGAUUCUAAGAGCUCAAAGUACUCGGUGAAAAUGGCAUUUGAAAAGAACGUAAUUCUUAAACAAAAAGAGACAGAGACACCUUUCUUGAUAGCAGCAAAGAUGGGAAUCACAGAAAUGGUGGAAAGUAUUUUAGACAAGUUCCCUGUUUCUAUUCAGGACUUGGAUGCUGAUGGCAAAAACGUGUUGCUUUUAGCAGUGGAGAAUAGGCAAACGCAUACUUUUCAGUUCCUAAUCAACAGAGAAACCCCGUUGCAUGAAAGCAUUUUCCGAAAGUGGGAUCAUCAAGGGAACAAUGCAUUGCACCUUGCUGCCAAAUAUGGAGAAUAUCGUCCUUGGCUCAUUCCAGGAUCUGCUUUACAAAUGCAAUGGGAGCUCAAGUGGUAUAAGUUUGUCAAGCGAUCCAUUUCAAAGCAUUUGCCUAUUCAUUACAAGUACAACAAGAAGAAUCAAACCCCAAAGCAAAUCUUCACGGAAACACACAAAUUGCUUGUCAAAGACGGCAGCGCAUGGCUCACGAAAACCUCUGAAUCUUGCUCACUCGUAGCAGCAUUGAUAGCCACAGUAGCAUUUGCAACAUCAGCAACUAUCCCAGGUGGAGUUAAGGAAACCUCUGGCACACCAGUUCUUGAGGAUGAGCCCGCAUUCUCUGUGUUUUGCAUUGCAUCCUUAAUAGCCCUUUGCUUCUCCGUGACAGCCCUGGUAUUUUUCCUAGCAAUUCUGACUUCCCGAUUCGAAGAGAAAGAUUUUGCUUGUAAAUUGCCUUGGAGACUCGUUAUCGGCCUAACAGCAUUGUUCACUUCAAUAACUGCAAUACUAGUCUCAUUUUGUGCAGGCCAUUUCUUCGAACUUAAAGAUAGGCUAAAGUUUGCAGCUUUACCUAUUUACAUAGUAACAUGUUUGCCUGUUUCCUUCUUUGCACUUGCACAGUUGCCCCUCUACUUCGAUCUUUUACGGGCAAUCAUCAAGGAUAUCCCACAGCGUAGUUAUAAGGAGUUUACUCAAUAACUAAAUUGCUUAGCAUUUUUCAUGUUUAUCGUCAACUUCAUUGGGUGUUUCUUAAGAGAUAGUAUAAUAAAUUUUGAUAUGUAUGCUACUGCUUUCUUGUAAUGUUACCAAAUUGAAUUCAAUACGAAUAAACUGAACUUUUUGAAGUUUCCUAA